AAUAUUCAAUAAAGACGGUUCCCCGCGGAUUUCAAGAUGGAGUCUAGAGACAGUGGAACUGUCUCAUGGAUUACACCCACAGAUGAUAAACCCAUUACAGUAACAAAAUGGAAAGUGAAACAGGGUUCAAGGGUUGGAAAGGGAACACUUCUUUGUUUGUAUGAGACAGGGGAUAAAAAAAACUUGAAGUUGAAGUCAAACAUGGUUGGUACCGUCUUGGAAACGAAAGAGGAUUUUAUCCCGGGAAGUGAAGGCCUGGUGAAGAUGGAGUCUUGUACACAUCCCACUGUGAUGAAGGACAUGUGUGCAGAUUGUGGAGCUGACUUACGACAGGAAGCUGGGAUUGCAGGUAGCAGAAAAGAACCAGUUAGCGCUUCAGUUGCUAUGGUACACAACAUUCCAGAGCUCAUUGUCAGUGAAAAGCAAGCCAUGGAGCUGGGGAAGAUGGAUGAAGAGAGACUACUAAAGACAAGGAAGCUUGUGUUACUGGUAGAUCUGGACCAAACCCUGAUUCACACCACCAACGACAACAUUCCUCCCAAUCUCAAGGAUGUGUACCACUUCCAACUUAGCCAUGGGAACAUGAUGCCAUGGUAUCAUACCCGGAUUCGUCCAACAACAGACAAGUUUUUGAAGAGUGUAUCCCAACUGUAUGAGCUACACAUCUGUACAUUUGGAUCUCGCAUGUAUGCUCACAUCAUUGCCAAGUUCUUAGAUCCAGAGGGCAAAUACUUUUCUCACAGAAUUCUCUCCCGGGAUGAGUGCUUCAAUCAGAAUUCCAAAAUGGCAAAUUUAAAAGCUCUCUUUCCUUGUGGAGACUCCAUGGUCUGUAUUAUUGAUGAUAGAGAAGAUGUCUGGAAUUUUUCCCCAAACUUAAUCCAUGUAAAACCGUACCGAUUCUUCCAAGGCACCGCUGAUAUUAACGCCCCACCAGGACUGGAUAAAACAGAGCAUGACAAGGAACCACUCACUCAUAAAGUACACGUUGUCUCAAGGUCUAAUAGUAAAGAGGACAGCAGCGAAAAGACAGAAGAUCAGGGUUCUAAAACAGCUGAAAAUGAAAGCAAAUGUGGAGAGAACACAGAGGAGAUACAAGGAAGCAAAACUGGUGAGACGGGAGAACCGAGUCCUGAGGCAGCUGAUAGUGAAAGUAAAAGUAGAGAGAACGCUGGGGAGAAAUCAGAUAAAGAAAACAAAGAAAGGGAAACUGAUGUAACGGUAGAUUCACAGUCGAUUAAAGCCAAGGAGGAGGAACCUGAUGUACCGGUAGAGAGUGGGAGUAGUACAGAGGGAAAUAAAACCAAGGAGGAGGACAGUGAAAAAGAGAUUAAAUCAGAGGAAAUCAAAGAUAAUGAGGAAAGUGAACAGACAGAAAAAUCAGAUUUAGAAAAAAAAGAGGAAAUUAAGACAGAAGCUAAGUGUGAAAAAGUGGAUGCAGGCAAGAAUAGCAAAGAUGAGAAAAAUGAAUGUGAGGGAACCAAGGAUGAAGAAAUGGGGAAAGAAGAAGACGCUAAGGGAGAAGGUGUGGAGAUUGAAUGGGAUGAUGAUGAUGACUAUUUAAUGUACUUACAGGAUAUCUUGGUCACUGUCCAUAAAGCUUUUUAUGAUAUGUAUGACCAGCUAAAUUCAAAGGGAGAGAAUGCAGAAAAACCCGACAUGAAAAAUAUUUUACCAUAUGUUAAAAGAAAAGUGCUUAAGGGAAAGAAUCUAUUAUUUAGUGGUGUUUUCCCUAUGAAUGUCCAGUUAGAAAAGAGCAGGGCGUUCCAUGUGGCUAAAAUGCUUGGAGCAAAUAUUCAUACUGAUUUUAUUCUUCGUGCAAAAGAUGGGUCAAAUAAAUCCGAUUGCACGACUCAUGUAGUGGCAGCUAGACUAGGAACAGUGAAGGUCAGAAUGGCCCAAAAACAUAAACAUGUGAAAUUGGUGAAUCCGCAGUGGUUAUGGACAUGUGCAGAGAGGAUGCAGCUUGUAGAUGAGAGGCUCUAUCCACUGAAUGAUUCCACAUCUGGUAAUGCCUAUUGUGAAAGUCCUGAUGCAGCACACCUUAAUAGAAAACGCAAAAAUGAAGAAAAACCCGAGUCAGCAAAAAGACCCAGGAAAGACAAGGAUGGUGACAUGGACUCUGCUCAAGAAAAAAUGGAUGUAGUGGUUGAAAAAGAGAAAAAUGAAAGUGAGGGAGACUCGUCUAAUGUGCCAUCAGCAGCCAAAAUCACCACUGCUCGCUUCUCGACCAGUUAUAACCCAAUGUUAGCUUUCUCAGAUGAAGAUUUGGAAUGCAUGGACAAGGAGGUGGAAGAUUUAAUGGAUGAAGAAGGUGAUGAAUCGGAGGAAGAUGACAUUGACAGGAAUGAGAGAAUCCGACAGUCUGUACUAAGUAGUGGAGAUGAUAACUCCAGUAGUGGAGACAGCAUGACUGGGGAUUUCCCUAGAGGAUGGAACUUCAAAAAGAGGAACACAUCCACCAAAUCAGUGGACAGUAGCUCUGAUAAGGAAGAAAAGAAAGAUCAACGGGAUGAAGAGAGUGAAAAUGAACUAGAAAAAUAUGAAAAAACGGUGGCAGCGUUUGCACCUGACUCAGAGUCUGAAACACAGGAUUCAUUUGCAGAAUCCAUUGGCUCUGUUGAUGAUGAAAUGGCAGAAGCUGUGGAAAGAGAAUUCCUCGCCAAUUAACAGUGGAAUACAUUUUCAUAUUUAAACGUACUUAACAAAUUGAACUCAUCUUUUUUCACUUUGGGCAUAGAGUUGAUGUGAAACAAUUAUUGUGCAUUACAAUGUUUUGUGUUUGAAACACAGAAUAAUUGAUACACAGUAAAAAGUCCAUCUUCCAGGCAAUAUAAAUAUAUAUGUGAAAAAGGUUUUUAUCAUAAGUCAAGUGCUGUAUAACAUUAAAGUUUUAAAUUUU